AUGAAAUCUCCCACCACAUGGAAAUGGCUGCUCGCGCUGGCCGUGGGGAUGCUCCCAGCUGCCGUGGCCGAGUUGUGCACCCCGACCUCAGGGGACUACGGUCGUGUCUUCUACGUGUACAGUCAAUCCGACCUGGACACAAUCGCGGCUAAGUGUACGACGGUGGAUGGCAGCAUUUUCAUCGGAACCAACUACACCGGCUCGUUCCGCCUGCCAAACGUCCGGAAUAUUACUUCUGCAUUUCAGCAAGAACCUAGUUUUCCGCACAAAUCUGAUCCGGCGCCAACGUCCAUUGACAUCCCCGACCUGGAGUACCUGGGAGGCAGUCUCAUCGUUGACUUUCCGACUGUGGCUAAACUGUCUGCUCCAAAGCUGAAGAAGGUGCACUGGGAGUUAAGGGUCCAGGAUGUUGCGACGGUGGAUUUUAGAUCGCUGGAGGAAGCUCGGUAUAUUUCGGUCUCGGGAAAUAUCACCAGCCUGAAUCUCGACUCACUGCGGCGCUUCGGUGAAAGAUGCAAAAUCUGCAACAAGGAGUACUGCGGGCCCACCACUCCUCCCAAUUACCCCCCAUUGGAUCUCUCCCUCCCUUCACUACAGACUAUGGGUGAUCUAACGAUCGAAGGGAGGCUAUCGAGCUUUAAUAUUCCCAAAUUGUCAAACCUCACCGCUUUAGAUGAAGGCUACAUCAAGUACAACUUUGAUCUUCGUCUUGCCAUACAUGGAGACCGGCUCAAUGUCUCCUUUCCCGAACUGAGUACCUCAAACUUAAGUUUCUUUAUCAGUGGUGAUAUUGCAAGGUAUGAUCUAUCUUCUUGCGGAACAUCAGGGGCUGUGGCUUACCUUCACAUGCGUAUCAGCCUCUCAAUGCCUAAGAUGAUCGAUCGUGUCCCUUCGAUCACAGUGACCUCUUCCACUCCACUUGAUAUCAACCUUCCAUUCCAGAAAGCUGAGUUCAUUGGUUUUUUUGGCAAUAUAUCAAGGGGGUGUGAUACGGUGCAGAUCCUCUGA